AUGAGCUUCCUUGCCAUAAACACCAUAUUAUUCAUCACCCUGCUCCGGUCGGUGGGCUGUGUCGGCACGAUUCAAUUUGAAGUGAAUGGCUACAACAUAACCUUUGACCCAGAUACAUUUUCAAAGUAAGUUGCUACAUUCAUGGGUGUGCCAGACAAAUUAUCAUAGUAAGGGCGAAAUUCAUAGCUGUACCAGAUAAAAUAUAAUAGUAAGAGUUAGAUUCAUAAGUGUAACGUAUAAAUUAUAACAGCAAGAGUGAAAUUCAUAGGCGUAACAUUUAGUUAUGAAAUGAGCAGAACCUCUACAUCAAAUAAAAGCUGACAUCACAAGUUGAAGUGUGAAAUGUCUUUUAAAUUUAAAAUACAUUUAUUUCAAAAUUGAAACCAUUGAUUAAUCAUUUAAUUCGACAAAGCUAUUCGCAUCUAUGUUUCAACAGCUAAAAAUGUGCUGAUGUAUAAUUAAUGAAUUUAAAAAUUAACGUUGUAUUAAAAUUGAUGGCAUCUUCAGAAUUUUUUUUUUCUUGGCUAAUGGUUAUGUGAAGCCUGAUGACUUAAUGGCGAGCCUAACCAUAGGCUUGGGUACGACGCUAUAGAACAACACUUUAACAAUAAUAUUUAUAAUUAUAAUAAUAUAAAAUAAUAUUUUCCGUUUUUUUUUCUCCAUAACUCUCUUUACAACAGCUGAAAGUGUUCUAGGUUUAAGGGUAGUGGAACUAUUCAAUCCCCCCCCCCCCCCCCCAAUGGUCUAUAUCAACAAAUCAUAUAUCAGUAUUCCAAUCUUUACAAGGUGAAUACAUUUUAAAAUAAGUGGAAUAUUCUUUCAAUAUGUUAGCUGCUUAAAAGUUUGAUGGAAAGCAUGCCGUAAUUUCAGGUUCUUCAUUUGCCUCCACGUCACAACCUACGAGUGUAUUGUAACCUUUGCACAGAAUUCAACGAACAAGAACGAAUUAAUCGUUUCAAAUACAACUGUGAGGCAUGACGAAAGUCAACAUAUAAACGGCUCGUUAUACUUCAAAUGUCCAGCUCCGACACCUUUUGCAACACAGAAUAUUUUUUGCACCAGGUACAUCAGUGACGCCUCGCCAAAAGAAUUAUUAGAUCCAUCGACCUGCAAUCUCAUCACAUAUCGAAUAAAUAACAGCACAGUAUAUACCUUUGGAAUUAUAUUUUAUAAUGUAUCACACAAUUUUAAAUACAGUAUCACCCACACAUUAUGUAUGAAAAUACAGCCAUGCUUUUCGAAUGGAUUCAACACAUCAUCACAAGUAGAUCAAAC